AAAUCAAUCGAUGGGACCAAGCUUGUGCGGCCAAGAAACUCCAGCUUGUCGAACGGGCCACUUGCCGGAUGAUUCCAUGACGAUCUUGCAAUAAACUUACUGUGUACAUAAGUUACAAAUAUUUCUCGCCCACCUCUGUCCGGGCAAAUGCCUUCGCUACCUAAGAAAGAAAUCCCACCAGCUUUGGGGCAGCCACGCAGCUCGGACCAUGGAAGCUUUCCCGGCCGAUCAGGAACUGCGAGGAACUUUUCUGUUGCACUUGAUGCGCAGAUCGAUCUUCAGUUGAGCUCCACAGCUCGGAGCAUGAUGGUGAGAGGUGGGGGCUCUGGGGUCAGGGGUGAGGUCCGGGAGAUGGUGAGCCCUAACCCUUCGUGCCUGCCUCUCAACAUUGAACUUGCUCACUUGACUGUGUUUAAACCGAGCAACAGCAGUCACACGGCACAUUCAUGCAGUUUGCCAUCCGAUAUUGCUUGUCUGACGCUAAACGAAGCCAGCGCAUGCGAAGGAAGCCACCGCCAUUACAUCUGUAUUUUUCUAGAAGCAUUCCUGCGGCGCAUUCUUCACCGCUUCUAUUUUUCUAGAUUCUCAUCUCUCCCGCUGCUGCCCGACAUCCAAAAGGAUCGACGAAUCGACAUUAUUCCAAUCGGACUUCCAUCUAGAGAUCGUUCGUCGUGCCGCAGCUUCCAAGACCGACAACCAGGUUCCGGACGCGAGACUCUCGGUAUCUCGGCGAGUGUCCGACCGCCUACUUCUCAUUAGGAUUUGGUCACGUUGGGCGCAACCAGCGUCAUGAAAUCCUCCAAGUCUUGGAAAAACAACUCGGGCUGUUCCAGCGCCGCAAAGUGGCCGCCCUAAAAGGGUCAUGUUAGCAUCACGGGGUCUCUUCGCGGCAUCCUGAUGACUCUUGACUUACCUUAUCGUGGGUCCUGUAAAGCACCAAGUUCGGGUACAGAUGUUCCGCCCAUGCCUUCGGGAACGCCGUAACCUCGAGAGGAUAGGCCGAAUACCCAAACGGCUUGGUUGACGAGAACGGGACGGGAAUACGGCUCGUUUCGAAGCUAUAGGCCCACAAG